GUCAAGCACCAUGAGCACCAAGCGGCGCCGCGCCUCACCGGUGGCGGCGGGGAAGAAGCGGGGGAAGCGAGAGCCACCCGCCGAGCUCUGCGCCGCCCUGAGGGACGCGGCGCUGCGGGAGCGGGCGGCGGCGGCCUGGGGCGGCGGGGAGCCGCUCCGCCACGAGGCGGCGGCGGUGGAGCAGGCCCCGUUCCGGCACGGCGUUAUCCCCGGCUUCCUGGCGAGCCCGGCCUCGGCGGAGGCGCUGCGAGACGAGCUGUUGAGCCUCAGCUUCCACCGGCGGCGCAACGAUCUCCUCUCGCUGCGGCAGUCCGAGGAGCUGGGGGGAAGGACGGAGCCCCAUGUCGCCGCGCUGAGGCAUGCUCUGUGUGAAGAAUUCCGAGGGUGGCUUUCUGCUGUGACCCAGAUUGAGCUGGAGCCCACUAUUGACAUCUCCUGUGCCAAAUACGAAUAUACGGAUGUCUUGCUGUGCCACGACGACGAGCUGGAGGGUCGGAGAAUUGCCUUCAUCCUCUACCUGGUGCCACCCUGGGAGAGCAGCGACGGGGGAACGCUGGACCUGUACAGCUCCGACGAACACUUUCAGCCACAGCACAUCGUCAAGUCAUUAGUGCCUUCGUGGAACACACUGGUUUUCUUUGAAGUGUCUCCAGUCUCUUUCCACCAGGUGUCGGAAGUCCUGUCAGAGGAGAAGUGCCGCUUGUCGGUGAGCGGCUGGUUCCACGGCCCCCCCGUCCUCAGACCCGCACGUCACGUCGAAGCCCCCCUGCCCCGGAGCCCACACAUCCCCUACGACCAUGAAAUCUUGUAUGAGUGGAUCAAUCCGGUUUAUUUGGACAUGGACUCCCAAGCUCAAAUCCAGGAGGAAUUUGAGGAGCGAUCAGAAAUUCUCCUGAAGGAUUUUCUACAGAAAGAAAAGUACCAAGUGCUGUGUGAAGCUUUGGAGAACAAAGACAUCCAGUGGAACAGCAGGGGCCCUGCCAAUAAAAGACUCUACGAGGCGGCGGAAGAAGACAGCCUCCCCGACAUCCUGAAGAAAUUCCUGCAGUUCCUACGCUCCGAGGCUUUGUUUUUACUGCUUUCCAACUUCACCGGCCUAAAGCUCCACUUCCUGGCUCCCUCUGAGGAGGAGGAGGAGGAGGAGGAUGCUGGGGAAGGAAGAGCAGCAGACAGCCAUGGGGACAGCAGCCCCAAAGCUGAGCAGGAGGAGGCUGAUGGUGACGUCCCUGAAACACGAGGCGGCGAGAUGCAGAAUGGUGAGUCCGGCAGCAGCAGGGAGAAAGGGCAGGAGCAGAAUCCUGACUUUAAGGACAUUAAUCCUGGCAGCAGGAUUCCCAGUGACUUUUACAGAACUAGGGUUUCACCAGCACAAACCAGGCACUUGAAGCACGUCAGGCUGGGUGUCCAAAAUAAGUGACUAUUGCAAAAGAAUUGGGGAUAAAAACGACCGAUUUGAAGAUACCGUUUCGAACAGACUUAAGACUCAAGUGUGGGACUCCUGUAGGAGUUAAGGCAUGGGUGAGGGGGGUGUGUUAAUUAAUUGCCCAAUAAUCUUUUUCCAAUAAUUACACUCCUGCCUCAUCUAAAGUAGAUUCUUGUAUGAGACCAAAUCUAAAGGAAGAAAGCGAACAGAGCGGGAGUAAAGAUCACUAGAAUUGGAAAACCAAUAAUCCUUAAUCCUAGUUUUAAUCCUAAAACUAGGAUUAAACCUUUCAGAAAAUGGUGCCAGCCUAAAUAACCACUUUGUUGUCAGCAAUGAGAUAAUCAUUGUUACAAAAGAUUUAAUUGGCAUUCAUGGAAUGGUGCUGUUUACUUAAAACAGUGCCUCAGAAGGGUAGAAUUUUUGAAAAUGCUCAUCAAGCAAGUUAGCAGAUGCUGGAAUAGAAGGUAAUAAAAACCCAGAUCCUACUGAAAAGCCCACCAGAAUACUUACCUGGGACAAAAGCUUUGUUUUCCUGAUUUCCAGGACUAGUCAUUUUGCCUCUUCUACCUGCCACGUUCCUGCUGUAUGAUUUUAAAUUCACAUACGAGGAGGGCAUAGUUUGAGGCUGCAGGGACUGAAAACUGAGCUAGAGCCAUGGGAAAGGAAAAGCUUCCCCAAAUUCUGACCUACCUCCUGGGACAGCAAGUGAAGAGUGAGUUCAGAGCAACAUCCUUCUUCACUGAA